UACAUACAAUCCAUACAUACAAUCCACACCUACAUCAAAACCACUCAUCUUCUACGUCCCACUCUUCAACCAAAUCACAUUUCCCUUCCACGUGAGGUUCCUCAUAAAAUCUAUGAUCUCCUCGUGGUCUUUACUGCACUGCAUCGCAUCACACAUGCAUGCAAUGCAGUCUUCCAUUCCACAUAUCCAAAUCCACACCUACCACACAUCAACAUCCACACCCACUACACCCACAUACCACACACCACAUACAUGUCUAACCCAAGACUACGCAACAAACCUCGAAUCAUCCCCCCAAUCCAUUCCCUUCUAUUCCACCCCCUCCCUUCCCCUCAUCCAUCCAUCUAUCCCCUCCAUCGAAUCAUCCCACCAAUUCCACCUCGUCCCAUCCAUCACCACACCACAUCACCAACUGAACUCAACUCCCCUCCCCUCCCGCAUCCCAAGCUACACACACACACCCACAACCCAAAACACGAAAUAUCGCUCCGCUAGGCCACUGCCGUGGGGGCUUCUUCGCUUCGCUCUAAUAGGUACUAAUAACACAAGAAAGAACACUACAACCUGCAACCCACAACCCACAACCCACAACCUACAACCUACAUCUGCCAACGCAUGUAAGUGGGAGGGACAUCGAUAUUAAUAAA